AUGACAGACACAAGCCAACAGCCAAUCGAGUAUCACAGCGACCAGUACUUUCAAGAGCAACUGGACAGUGGAAUUAACUCUUCAUAUAUUCAUGGUGCUAUUGCUGGUGUUGUCUCUGGAGCUGCUGCCUUUGCUAUAUGUUCAGUUACUAAGCAGUCCAGAUACGCUACCGGAGUCAUCAGUGCAUGUAAGCCAUUAUCUAUACAUAUGAUAGAGAAACUAGCUACUGUAUGUGAUGGGAGCAUUGCUCAAGCUUCCUGUGAGUUGCGGUGGUUGACAGAAGCUAUUGUUCGUCGCAGAUUGGGUUCUUUCUCAAGUCGCAGACAGGCCGCUGGCAUCCAUCACAAGCUGCACUGUCCAGCUGCUCGCCAGUCUGUAUCUCAAGUGCUCAAUGAACUGUCCUCUCCGUCAGUCAUUGAUUCUCCUGCUGCUGUAGAGCAGGUUGUACUAUCUAGACUCUCAUCUAUUGAGCAGCUUCGACUAGACAGAUGGAUCCAUGACAGAUGUAUUGCUCAUAAGCCAUUACAGUAUAUUCUAGGCACUCAACCCUUUUGUGGUCUUGACAUCUCUGUUCGACGACCAACUCUUAUUCCUCGCUGGGAGACAGAAGAAUGGACUUUGAGCCUGGCUGAUCGCAUUCAUGCCAAGACUGCCAACCAACAACUACCUAAACCACUGCGUAUUCUGGAACUGUGCUCUGGCUCUGGAUGCAUCUCACUUGCACUAUCAAAAAAACUUGGCAUACACGCCCAUAUAGUUGGUGUGGACAUCUCUUUGUCUGCUAUCCUGUUGGCAAGAUUCAACCAGAGAAAGCUAAUGAUAGGAUGUGUUGGAAACGGCAGUUCCCAACAGUUGUUUUUUGAUCAAGGUGAUCUCUUUGACAAUGAGUUUGUUGGUCGUUUGCUCAGCCAAAUGUCAUCUCGCUUGCCAAAUCUAGUCGAUCCUAGAUUCGACAUGAUCAUAUCCAACCCUCCUUAUAUAUCACCAACUGAAUAUGACAGUUUAGACUCGAGUGUCAAGAUGUGGGAAGAUCAACGUGCUCUGCUGGCAUCUGAUGAACAUGGAAUUCGGUUUUAUAGGCGCAUUGAGGAACUUGCCGACGAUCUACUACUCCCACUAAGUCAUGCUUGUCAACAAUAUGAUCUACCUCGGAUCGUUUUUGAGAUUGGAAACACCCAAGGCUCUGCUGUAAAAUCACAACUUGGAAAUCGACAAUGGCGACGCACUGAUUUAGUGCAAGAUAUGGCAGGCCACGAUCGUGUUAUUUUAAAAUAUUAAGACUUGAAUGCUGUAUAAAACCAUAAAAAUAAAGUGCUACAUUUUAAUGCAACCAC